UGGAAAGUCGUGAACCUGAACCCUCUCAAGCGGCAGCCACCUGCCUUGGCGGGAGCUGCCGAGGGUGCCGCGUGCGGGAGCCGCACGGGCACCGACAACCUCCUGGACACCAGCAGCUCCUCAGAGCCCAGCUUCGGCUCGCACCACAUGGAGAAUGACACCGGCGACAUUGCCUUGAUCGAGGAGGUCCGGCUGGAAAACCCCAAGGAGAGCAGCGGUUCCCAGAAGAGUGGGAAGCAUGGCCCCGGCCAGGACAAGCCGCAUGAAACCUACCGGCUGCUGAAACGCAGGAAUCUGAUCAUAGAGGCCGUCACCAACCUGCGUCUGAUCGAGAGCUUGUUCACGAUUCAGAAGAUGAUCAUGGAUCAGGAGAAGCGGGAAGGCGUGUCCACCAAGUGCUGUAAGAAGUCCAUCGUCCGCCUGGUGCGGAACCUCUCCGAGGAGGGGCUCCUGCGGCUCUACCGGACCACGGUUAUCCACGAUGGGAUCAAGAAGAAGGUUGAUCUGGUUGUGCACCCAUCCAUGGACCAGAACGACCCUCUGGUAAGAAGUGCCAUUGAGCAGGUUCGCUUCCGGAUCUCCAACUCAAGCACAGCCAAUAGGCAAGUGGCAGACAGGAAGGACCGCUCAGCAAGGCCACCAGGCUCGGCCAAAGUUCCCCCACCCCCGCCACCCCAAGAGGAAGUGGAAGAAGAAACUCCAGUGGCAGAGGCCCCCAGCGCAUCGGGAGCCUCCCAGCUGAACACCUCCAAUAAAGUAGAGAGCGCACGCGUGAAAAAGACAGACGAAAAGAUGGGCAUCACCCAGCUGAAGAACUACAACCCCGUCAUCGUUCCAGGACUUGGCCGCUCUCUGGGGUUUCUGCCCAAGAUGCCUCGCCUGCGUGUGGUGCACAUGUUUCUGUGGUACCUGAUCUACGGGCACCCUGCCAACAAGACGGCGCACAAGCCCGGCGGCGAGAGGAGGUCCCGACGGCAGGAGUCGAGCAGGAUGAGGGCCCAGGCUGCCUCUGCAAGGCACGCGGAGGCCUCCUCGGAGGGCAGGGAGACCGUCACCUGGGAGGCCGAAGUGGAGCUCGACACGGAGACCGUGUACGUGAAUGAAGUCUCGUGGAUGCGCUACGUCCCUCCUAUCCCGGUGCACAGGGACUUCGGCUUUGGCUGGGCUCUCGUCAGCGACAUUCUCCUCUGUCUGCCCCUCUCCAUCUUCAUCCAGAUCGUGCAAGUCAGCUACAAGGUGGACAUGCUUGAGGAGUACCUGAACGACCCCCUGAAGAAGCACAUGCUGAUCCGCUUCCUCCCCAGGGCCCUCCGGCAGCAGCUCCUGUACAAGAGGCGUUACAUUUUCUCGGUGGUGGAGAGUCUUCAGAGGCUAUGCUACAUGGGACUGCUGCAGUUUGGGCCCACGGAGAAGUUUCAGGAUAAAGAUCAGGUCUUUGUUUUCUUGAAGAAGAACGCGGUCAUCGUGGACACCACCAUCUGCGACCCCCAUUACAACCUGGCGCACAGCAGCCGGCCCUUCGAGCGCCGUCACUAUGUCAUGAACUCUAUGCAGGACGUGGAGAACUACUGGUUUGACCUGCAGUGCGUCUGCCUCAAUACCCCGCUAGGUGUGGUGCGCUACCCACGCGCGCUGAAGACCAGCGGCUCGGAUCAGGGUAGUGAUGAGGAGGGCACCUUGCGGAAGGAGCAGGAGAACGCCGUGGACAAGCACAACCUGGAGCGCAAGUGUGCCUUGAUGGAGUACAGCACGGGGAGCCGCGUGGUCGUGGAUAAAGGCGUGAUCCCCGGAGACGGGCUGGGAGCCGCUGGCCUCGAUUCCAGCUUCUACGCUCACCUCAAGCGCAACUGGAUCUGGACCAGCUACAUCAUCAACAAAGCCAAAAAGGAAAACAGCGCCUCGGAGAGUGGGCUCACCGUGAGGCUGCAGACGUUCCUGACCAAGCGCCUGUUGCCGCCCAGGGCUACAGGCAGCAGCAAGCUGGGUCUCUGGGGAGAAGCAAGGAAAGGCGCGAAGCUCUCCGCCGAUCGCGAUGAGCAGUGCGAGGUGGCCUGGGAAACGCUGGACAGGAACUGGCGAGUGAGGGGCGGCAAGAGCCAGAAGCGGAAACGGCUGAAGACGGACCCGGGCAAGACCAGGAAAAGCAACAAAGAAGAGCCCCCAGAGGAAAAGAGCAAGCGGCUGCGCUACCACGACGAAGCAGACCAGAGCGCCCUGCAGAGGAUGACCCAGCUGCGCGUCACCUGGUCCACGCACGAAGACCGGCUCAUCAUGCUGUGCCGCAUAGCCAGCAACAUCCUCAACACCAAGGUGAGCGGCCUGUUUGUCCCCUGGCAAGUCGUGCGUGACAUUUUGCAUGCUACCUUCGAAGAGUCCUUGGAUAAAACAUCUCACUCGGUUGGAAGAAGAGCUCGCUACAUUGUCAAAAAUCCACAGACCUAUCUGAACUACAAGGUGUGCCUCGCUGAGGUGUACCAGGACAAAGCCCUCGUCGGAGAUUUCAUGAAUCGAAAGCGUGACUAUGAAGACCCAAAGGUUUGUGCCAGUGAGUUUAAGGAAUUUGUGGAGAAGCUGAAAGAGAAGUUCAGUUCCAACCUGAAGAGCCCUGGCCUUGAGAUCCCAGACACGCUGCAGGAGCUGUUUGCCAGAUACCGAGUUUUGGCCAUCGGAGAUGAAAGAGAUCAGGUCAGGAAAGAAGACCAACUUCACAGCUUGGACGACAUCCACUUCCUGGUGCUGCAGAACUUGAUCCAGAGCACACUGGCCCUAUCGGACAGCCAGAUGAAGUCCUGCCAGUCCUUCCAGACCUUCCGCCUGUACCAGGAGUACAAGGACCAAAUCCUCGUGAAGGCCUUCCUGGAGUGCCAGAAGAGGAGCCUGGUCAACCGGCGCCGGGUCAGCCACACACAGGGCCCCAAGAAAAACCGGGCCUUGCCCUUCGUGCCCAUGUCCUACCAGCUGUCUCAGACCUACUACAGGAUUUUCACUUGGCGGUUCCCAAGCACCAUCUGCUCCGAGUCGUUCCAGUUCUUGGACCGCCUCCGGGCUGCCGGCAGGGUGGACCGGCCCAACAGCUUCUCCUUCCGGGACCAGGAUAGCGGCAGCGAGUCCGCGGGCGACAUGGUGGCCUUCUCCUUGGACGGCCCUGGUGGACACUGCGUGGCCAUCCUCACACUCUUCUCUCUGGGCCUCAUCUCUGUGGACGUCAGGAUCCCCGAGCAGAUCGUGGUGGUGGACAGCUUGAUGGUGGAGAACGAGGUCAUGAAGAGCCUGGGGAAGGAAGGGAGCUCUGACAAGGACGGGGGCCUGGACGACGACGAGGACGAGGAGGAAGACUUGGACGAAGGCGCAGGGGGCAAACGCCGCAGCUUCGAGGUGAAAGCCCGCCAGGCCUCCCACACCAACUACCUGCUGAUGCGGGGCUACUACGCGCCCGGCCUCAGCAUGCGCGGCCUCAGCCCCAACGACAGCAUCGUGGUCAAUUCCUGCCACAUGAAGUUCCGGCUGCGCCGCUCGCCAGCACCCAUCCACCUGCAGCCCCCCACCUCUUCUCUGGAAGAGCUUUCCAUGGGGGGCUCCUGCCUGCCCGCCUCGUUCACCAGGCUGAUAGACCCCCAGGAAAGCAGCGGCAGCCUGGAAGAGCUCACCCGCCAGGUGGAGCUGUCUGGGUAUACACCUGCAGACGUGGCUGCCGCCUUGGAGAUCUGGGGAGCCGUGGCAGCCGCUGGCUGCUUUGGGGUUGACAGGCAGGAGCUAGGCAGACGGUUCUGCGCCUUGGAGAAGCCGGCGGGGGAGCGCACCAGGACGUUCCCGGACUACGUGCAGGACCUCUUGGAGCAGAACCAGGUGCUAGAAGUCGGUGGAAACACCGUUCGCCUGGUGACCAUGGCCUCUGCCAAGCCCUGGCUCCUGCACUUGGUGCAGCCGAAGGGCCGAGAGGGGGAUACCGACGUCCCAAGAGAAGAUGCCCAAGGCAGACCCCAGGAGGGGGCCUCCAGCAAGGAUGGUGCCCCCGAGAGGCAGGUAACCCCUGCCCAGGGCACCCAGAGCACCAAGAGGCGUGCCAGCUGGACCAUGCAGAGCGAGGCUGGCACCGAGUGCUCUGAGAAGCCCCCCGCCAAGAGGCCUGCCCUCCAGGACGUGCGCUUGACCCCUGACCUCAGGCCUGGGCCAGAAAAGAUGGAAAUGCAGGCUACAGCUCCUGAAGACAAAGGGAGCUCCAUGGCCAGCAGCUGUUUGCAGGCAGCCCGGGAAAGGGACUGCGAGCGCAUCUGCUUCGUGAGCCGCCCGUGGCGCGUGGUAGACGGGCAGCUGAACACGCCCGUGUGCAAGGGCAUGAUGGAGGCCCUGCUGUACCACAUCAUGAGCAAGCCGGGCAUCCCCGAGAGCUGCCUGAUGCAGCACUACCAGGGCGUCCUGCAGCCCGUGGCCGUGCUCGAGCUGCUGCAGGGCCUGGAGUUCCUGGGUUGCAUCCGGAAACGCUUCCUGGGGAAGCCCCCAGCUGUCUCGCUCUUCUCGGAGCCCAAGGUGGACGGAGAGGAGCACGCGGAGGUGCCCCCCAGCCUCAGCGAGCGCCCCACGGCCUUCUACGAGCCCACACUGGAGUGCACCUUCCGGCUGGGCUGCGUGUUCCCCCCCGAGGUCAACUGGAACAAGUGGAUCCACCUGUAGGGCGCCGGCGGCUGGCCCCUCCCCUCCGGCCCCACCGGUGCCUGAGACACACAGGAGCCGGCAGCUCUCCAUGGGGCUGGAGCUCUGGGAAGAGGGGCCCACGGCCCGCCUGCCCCUGGGAACCUGCUCCAUCACACCAUGAGUUUGCUGCUGUCCCAGCGCGGUGCAGCCUGGUGGUCCCGCCGCUGUCUCCUCGCCUCGGCCAUGGCUGCAGCCGAGAGUCCGUGUUGGGCUCAGGCUGAGGCUGAGGUACCCGGGAGGGGGUCUGCCAGAGCUUCUGGUGACGUCAUUGUCGGCAGCCUUGGGCGGUGGGGCUGGGAGUUCGGGGCUCACAGGGCUUGCCCCGUGGUGGCCAGCUCACAUUCCAGACUGUCACCGUGGCAGCAUCUGCCUGAGGUCCCCCAGGCAGCUGCCCCCGGCUCCUGCGGGCACCCCUGCCUCCCACCCGCCUGGCCACACACGGAGGGGAUGGGGGUGGGGGUAGGGUCCCUGUAGUUCUGUUUCAUUUCAUUUUGUUCUUUUUUGCCUCUUUCCUCAUUUAAAAGGGUGGUCCUCCUGGCAUGUUUGUAUUUAUUUUAUAAUUAAAGUGAA